CUUAGCGGUUGCGGGGCGUUUCUUCCUUAUCGCGUUCGUUGAAGAAGCGGCGACAUGCGCUCUCUGAAUGCGCAUGCCGACGAUGACGUUUCAUAUCGCCCCUUGUAGCCUGCUAUCGAAGAGCGCGUCUCAUGCCUUGGCGGCUGUCACGUGGACAUUGCUUCGAGCCCAUAUACAGAGCAACACAUCGACCAGCUCUUCUAUACUCGUGCUACACAUAUCGCGGACGUUGUCGUACGCGCAAUCCCCUUCUGCAGUUUCUUUCCCAAGAAGGUGCCGGCUCAAUGAGAAGACGACGGCCGGUGCCCGACUUGGACGCACGGUCCUGGCUCCCUGGUUCGCCUCGGAGACAGCACGGAGCGAUGCUACGCUGGCCUGAACAGGUUCCUCUGCACACUGUUUAGCUGAGUGAAGAAUGGAGGCUGACGAAGAGCAAGGUAGCACAAUAUCGGAGCCCCAGGAGCAGUCUGAAGGCAGCAGCAGCGACCAAUCGAAUGCUGACGACGAUGAGUGGAGGCCGUGCCGUCGCAAGGUCGUCCGUCGGGUCAACCUUCAACGGUCGCAAGCCACCAAGCUGAUGUGGCAGCGCAAAAGGGCCGCUGCCGCUGCUCUUCUUCUUCAGCAGCAACAUGAGGGUAACAAUCCUGGACUAAUGGGGCCUUCAGGUUCCGGUGGCUCAAUUGGCUCGAGCCCUACCUUGGAUCGGCAAACGGCAAGCAUGAGGCAGUCUAUGAAAGCACUUCCUAUGAGUGCAGUUUCCAAAUGCAAGCCAGCUGCAGCGCAGCAGCAGCCACCACCCACAAGGAGGCGCCGGUUCCCAGCCAAAGCAGCUGGUUCUCCAAGGAGAUUCUCGAUGUGUUGGUCAGAUACCACACUGGGAUCAUCGCUUGCUGGGAAGCCUUCUCUGAAGCCGAAAGAAGAGAGUCUUGAUCAGAAGACUGCUUCACUUGUAGGUCUCAAAGCUUAUCGCCACAUAAAUCCACCUAGUGCCUGCUCGUAGUGCUGAAAUGGUGCAAGAGUUGCAGACAGAUGAUAUAAUGUUCAGUGAAGCAAAAGUGAGGCCGUACCUGGAGAGAGCAUGUCGCCCCAAGUUGUUCCAAAAAGAUGAAUCCUCUGGAUCUGAGGACCCUGAAGAAGAUGAAUGUGAAAGUGCUAUUGAUCAAGCUGAAAAAAUAUCCAACUCUGAUACUGAUGAGUCUGUAGAGGAGUUGCCACCUGAGAGACCGACUCUGCGACCAAAGCUGCUACAGACUUCACGGUCAUACCCCAUUUCAUUGCCAGACCUUGACAAAGCUAGGAAGCGGGAGUUUCAUCCAGCGCAAUACAGCACAAACAAGACUCAAGCCGUCACAUUUGUCAUGAGUGCGACUGCAAGACCAAGACCACGUCUCAUUUGUCGUGGCAACUAUGUCACUGAAAGCGAUCUGUUGGCACAAAGGCUAAGUCUGAGCAACAGCGUCCCCAGCCUUGGUUCUCCUUUUGUGGCACCUGCGUUUGCCCUGCCUGCCAAGCUGCGCUGGAAACUGAAUCCAGUAGAGUACCAGGAGUAUAUUAUGCCAGCCAAGCUGAGGCACAAACAGGACAGGCUGCUGUCAUCAGUGGCCAAGGGCAAGGAUAUCGACACCACAGACAAGAAUAAGCCUGGCACGUCGAGAUGUUCAAUAGUAGACCCGGUUGUGGCUGGUGUUAAGGCUGAACACAAGGAGCUGCCGUCGGAGCGGCGUUCACGUGCGAAACGUUUGUGGUGGGAGCAGGUGAAGCAGUUGGACUUGAGGCUUUCUAGUGGAGGAGCAGGUUCUGCCAUCUCUGAGGAGUCUGUAGAGGACCUUCUGAGCUCCAUGCCCAAAUUCUUGUUAGCAGAGCUUUUUCCCGACCCAACAUCGACAAGGAAGCAAACGAAGAAGGCAUCUCGUCAACAAAGUGGGCCUGCCAAGACUUCUGUCGUGCCCAGCAGGCGUUCUCUUAUUAUGAAGGAAAACUGGCGCAAACGAAAAGAGGCCUGGCUCUCUGCUGCUGCGCAGACUUUAGCCGCUGCAUCACGGCCUGUAUGUGCAUCUGGUAGUAAUCCCCCAUCUCCAAGCACAGAGCAGCACGAGGAGUCUGGGCCGACAGAGGACAGCAGUCAGUACCUGGCACGAUCAAUGGCACUGCUGCGUUGCCGUCAGUAUCGGCAUGACAUGAUAGCUCAGAUGGACCUACAGCAGAGGUAUUGCAACCUAUGACAAACCCUGUUCCUUCCUCCACGUUGAGAGUCCUAUUCAGGACUCGGCCACACAGACACUACAAUGCUCGAGGUAUCCACAUUGCUUCAAACAAGGAUGCCUGUGACUGCCUGCAGCCCAAUUGCCCUGGUUGUCAUUUUCCCUGCCCCAAGUGUAACUCGCAAAAGUGCGGAGACGAAUGCAGGUCUAACCGCAACUACGUCUAUGAGCAGAUUGAAGUGGACGGCUACACAAAUGCAGUCUUUACGAACUCUCUGCUUGCCUGAAGUCGGGCCCAUCUUUUUUUUUUUUUUUUCCAGAAGACAUUUUCAGGUUAAGCAAAAGCUGUGCCCCUAUAUUCGUAGGAGUGCAGGAAAGUGUUAGUGUUCCUCCUUUCAUUGAUUGCCUGCCCUACCAAAAGCUCUAAAGGAAGUUCUUGUUUUUGUUGCCCUGUUUUGUGUUUGUGUGCCAAGAAGCGGGCUGGUUCAGGCAGAGUGGUCUUGUGAAGAGUUCUGUAUUUAGUUCAAGUAAAAAAGUUUUUUACAAUAAACUUUCUCAUUUUGUGAA